CAUUGCUGAGAUUCGACUGUCUGCAUUCGGCUAGCGGUGUUGACGAGCUGAGUGACGUCCGCCAGAAUGCGGUGGCUGAGCUUAAACAAAUGUUUACGCCUUUGAACGACGAAAUACGACUACUGUUCAUCAAGUCUGGGUGAAAUUGACGCUGAGCCAUGUCGCUUCUGACGGAUUUUUUCGUAAUUACCGUGUCGCAAGUGUUGUUCUUUGCGGGCGGCUGGGUAUUCUUUAUGAAGAAGCUGUUCAAAGACUACGAGGUUCAUCACCUGUCUGUACAACUACUGUUUUCUAUAACCUUCUCGUUGUCUUGCACUAUGUUUGAGCUGAUCAUUUUUGAAAUCCUGGGCUUCCUUGACACAAGUUCACGUUAUCUACACUGGAAGCUAGGAUUGUAUGCCAUUUUGUUUAUGCUGAUAGUGUUCCUUCCUUUUUAUAUUGGCUACUUGAUAAUCAGCAACACACGUUUCGUGCGGACGAGGCUUGUCAAGCCACUCGCGCUGGGUGCAUGGCUGGUGUUCGUCUAUUUAUUCUGGAAGAUCGGGGACCCAUUCCCGAUCUUAAGCACAAAACAUGGCAUACUCUCGAUAGAGCAAGUUAUCAGCCGUGUAGGUGUCGUGGGUGUCACGCUCAUGGCCGUACUGUCCGGAUUUGGUGCUGUCAACUACCCGUACACCUCCAUGGCCUACUUUAUGAGGGUAGUCACUCUCACCGAUGUGCAAAACAUGGAGAAGAAGCUUCUGCAAACAUUUGACGUAAUCAUUAUGAAGAAGAAGAGGAUUGCCCUGGCAAUGAGGGAAAAGCAGAAACAGUCGGCAUCGGGUCGGCAAACCACUGGCAUCUGGGGCAUGUUGCAGAGCGUCACAUCAGCUUCGGCCAGUGGUGCUGAAGACAUUGGGCAGCUGAGGCAGAGCGUGGAAGCCCUGGAGGAGUUCAGCCGACAGUUGUUUCUGGAGACGGUGGAGAUACACAACAUGCUGGAAAGGAUAGAGUGGUCCAAAACCUUCAAAGGGAAAUACUUCAACUUUAUCGGUUACUUCUUCUCUUUGUACUGCGUAUGGAAGAUAUUUAUUUGCACAAUCAACAUUGUAUUUGAUCGUGUCGGCAAGGUAGACCCUGUGACAAGAGGAAUGCAGAUUGCUGUCCAUUACAUGGGAUUCGACGUUGAUGUGAAGUUUUGGUCACAGCAUAUAUCUUUUAUUUUGGUUGGCAUCAUUGUUGUCACUUCUAUACGAGGCCUUCUGAUAACCCUCACUAAGUUUUUCUAUGCGAUUUCAAGCAGCAAGUCCUCCGACAUUAUUGUCCUGGCUCUUGCCCAAGUCAUGGGCAUGUACUUUGUGUCCUCUGUGCUGUUGAUAAGAAUGAAUAUGCCUGCAGAAUAUAGGUCCAUCAUCACUGAGGUACUCGGCGAGUUGCAGUUCAACUUCUACCACCGUUGGUUUGAUGUAAUUUUCCUGGUCAGUGCACUCACAAGCAUUGGCUUUCUCUAUUUGGCCCACAAGCAGGGCCCUGAACGCGACACUGUGCCAUAAUUCGGCUUCUCCCUGAAGGACCACAUCUGUUCCAUGUGUGGACACUAGGUCUAGUUUCAUGCCUGACUGUGCUGUGUUCAUUGCGUGACAUGUGAAAUGCUGGCAAUAUUUGAUCAGCCAUACUGCCACGGAAAUGUUGACAAGGUCAUCGUUCUCAACUAAGGCUACUAAGGUUCCGCUGAAAUGAAGACUUAGUAGCCUAACAACUGCUUUUGGCAAGGAUAAAACUUCACUCAUACCAUGUUCUAAUAAACUGUUCAUUUAUA